CAUAGUUUGUACCUGUACUCAUUUUAACUUUUUAACAUUCUUCAUUCUUUAAUGAGCACUGCUAGAAGCACUAGAAAUCAUGGCUACUAAACAGAUGAGAAGUUUAACACAGAACGACAUAGAAAAGGCAUUCAAGAAAACAGUUGAUGAAACAGAGGUACCUGCAGGAAGUAAACUUGUCUUAGUAACUGAAGAUUUAUACCAGAGGGCGCUUUCAAUUCCGAAAGAGUGUUUUGUAUAUGAUGAGCCCCUUGGAAAAUCUAUUGGUAUUCAGUGGAGUGACGAGUUCGAGUCUCUAUGGUUACACACAUUCGAGGCAAAUCUGUCCAUUAUCUUAGUCAAUGAAGAUAACGGAGAGAUAAUGGGGAUGAGAGCCACUAAAUUGAUUAAAAAGGGAGACCAUUUUGACUUGGACAGUCUGAAAGAUGAAAAGCUACGGAGAAUAAUUGAAUUUAUGAGUUACGGUGUGACGGAGUUUUUCAACAAAUACGGCAUAGAAGAGGCGUUUCAUUUUCUCGGUCUGGGUGUGGCCAAGAAGUACAGGAGGCGUGGUUUAGGAAAGUUCUUGAUGCAAACUGCUGUGAAAUUUCUUGGGAACUUAGGGAUCAAUCCGUAUUAUAUCAAAGGCGAGGGGACCUCUAAUUUCUCAAAGAAAAUUUAUGAAAACUGCCAUUUUGAUAUUGUGAUGGAAUACCCUUUUGAUGAAUAUAAAAAGGACGGGAAUGUGGUAUUUGAUAACACUGCCGAGCACAAGUCUAUGAAAGUUUAUGGAAUUUGUUCCAGUAAAAAUCCAAUUUAAGCCUAUUAUCAAUCAUUCCGAAACAAAUCGUUUGCAUAAUACUAGUUAUGUUAUUUUAUGUUUUAGUUUCAAGUAGGAUGAUUCGUGAUGGCAAUAUGUAACUUCUAAAAUUUGGUCUUAAACAUCCGUAUACUGUAGGGAUGUAGUAUAUAAACUAAGAAAAAAUAAAUAUACUGCCUAUCGUAAACAAGUAUUUGUGAAAUAUGUUUAAAAGUUUAUCAAACGAGAAAACAGUGCGAAAAUUGUGAGGCAGUGCCAGCUGAUAGGUCCACGUGCUCAUCUUAGUAAAAGAAACAAGGAUAAAUAUCAAACACGGAAUACCACGUUCAAAAAAACAAGGCUCCCCAAAACGAAACCCUCAGCACGCAGGUGUGCACACUUCUAAUAAAAAACAAACACAUGAGGACAAAACAAAUAAAGGAAAACAGUGGGGCACCGCCUUUAAACGGCAGUUGUAAAAGCACUACUGGGAAACUAACCCUGUGGCCCAGUAGUAUAGCAACUUAAUAAUAAUUAAACUUCCAUAGAACUAACAAUUAAAAUCAAUGUAUUUUAUAUAUCACCUUGAGUUCAUAUUUUGUGCGGUAACUGGGUAACUUACCGGUCUCUAUCGAGAUCUGGUCUAACUUUAUCAUUUAUUGUGUUCGCACACUAAUCUCUAUUCGGUGUAUAUGGGUUGUGUUAAUAUCUUAAAUUCUUAUUCAUGUUAUUCAUGUACCUUUGCAUUUAAAACAGAUUAAAAUAUUAGCUUUAAAUGGAUUUAAAUUGAAAUAUAUUCUUUACAGAAAAAGAACCGUAUAUAGUUGAUUCUCCAUUUUUACUACAAUGUGAGACUUACCUUAAGGGAAAAACAAGCUAAAAUCAACAAAUGAAUAUAAAGUGUUCUGAGAAUUUUACUAGGGCAUGUGCUUGACACAUUCUCGUUUGACAUUCGGCAUGUUUCGGACGUAAACGCUUAUUUAGGCAAUUUAAUUUGCCCAAUUUUAUUAUGGGUCGACCUAAAUUGGAUUUUCGCCACUCCUUCGUUUAUUUCAUUGGGGAAAAUGAUCUAAACGUAUAUGAAAUUUUACUAAAUCAGAUUCUAAUGUACGACAGCCGACAAAAUACGAAAAUACGAAUUUCCUUUUUUUAUUUUUUUUUACGGAAAGCCAUGUGCCCGUACAGAAAUAUUUAAGUCCGAAAAAAAUGCCAAAUUGUCUGACAUAAAUGUGUUACCACACAGAAAUUUUCGAUGUAAUAACUAAAUGAUAAAUCAAAUAAAUUAUAUGAGUAGUUAUUGGUGGCAAGUAUACUAUUUUUGUGUUCAGUAUUGGCUUGAGUGUGCGUAGGGAAAACUAUUUUACGUACAUAACACACUGAUAUCUAUGUAUGUUUUGUUUCGCUAGUGAAUCUUUAAUAUGUAUACUGAAGAACGACUGA